UUCUGUCAGGCGUUGCGUUGGAUACAUACCGUUAAGAAUCGGUUAACGAUUAAAUCAAAGCUUACAAAUUGACCGACGCCACCGAAGUCAGUUUGAUUGGAAGACCAAACAACCUCAGUUUUCCAUUGCAGUUUACAUUGACCAUCCCAAAAGUACCCAACAGGGGCAGCUCUCUCACUUACUGGCGGGACCACCACACCCGUACCGAAAACAACCCCCGUUGGGUAGCUGGCCAUCGGUCGGUUCGGAUAUCUUCCUUCUCGUUCACGCGAUCAAGUUUCAUCAAGACGACCGAUCCGACGGUCAUCGUCGCUGGGGAGAGAUGGGACCCGCUAUCGUAGUCAUUUAAAUAAGCCUCGGGCGUUUCCAUGUCAUUUCCCUCUCGCAGGCGUUCCGCCUCUACCGUUAUCUCUUCCACAGCGCCGACUCACAGAAGGAGAAGGAGAGAGAGAGAGAGAGACGGAGAGAGAGGGACAUCGAUGGAGGUGGGUGAGAGUGGGGACACGGCUGCUGAACUGGAGCGGCGCGUCAUGGCGACGGUGAAGGCGUCGGAGGAGCGGGGCGACCCGCCGCUGCUGCGGGCGGUAGAGGCGGCGCGGUGCGUCCAGGAGGCCGGCCUAGGGCUCCCCAACCCCGAGCUAGCGCACGUCCUAGUCUCCAACCUUUGCUUCGCCAACAACACCCCGUCCAUGUGGAAGCUCCUCGACCAGGCGAUGUCGUGUCGGGUCGUCUCCCCCAUCCAUACCCUAGCUCUCCUCAAGCCCAGGGUGAUCCCUCGUCGAUGGGCGCAGCCGGAGGCCUACCGGCUUUACCUUGAUCUCGUGAGCCGGUAUGCUGUUUCCUCACUCUCCAUCGAGGCUGGUGGAUCCUGUAGAGAUAAGAUUGCAAAAUCUAUUGAUGCUGCUUUACAACUUUCAUAUACAUAUGGAGUUCAACAAAUGGAUUUUGGGCAUGCAAUUGUUUUGUUCAUUUUGAAUAUCAUCACCAGCUUGAUGGAUUGUACAAUUGAAGAUUGUGGUCCCCAAUUGGUGUCUGCAGACAAACAUGGCUGUGCAUAUGCUAGUGGAGGAGAACAAACAAUGCAGGUCGAUGUUAAGGAGAAUUCAAAUGAGAGGAGAAAUGAGCAUCAUGACAAGUUACGUAAGACUAAUGCUUUAAUGGCUAUUGAGGUGGCUGAAAAAGUUUCUUCAAAUAAAAAGGCCAAAGCUUUUCUUCAUCUUAUUCGUAUCAACAUGCCUGAGCUGUUCAAUGGCCUACUUCAGAGACUCCAAACUAUUGAUGCCAAUAGAUCAAAAUCAGAGAGUUUAUUAUCAGUGAGUCAUAUUUUGGAUAAGUUGUUCACAAAUAUAAAUAGUGCAGUAAAUGGGGAAUUCCUUCUGAAUAAGCAUCAACUUCUUGGAGCUCUAGCUGAUGCUGGGUCAUAUAGCUUGAAUCCAUGCAACAGUCAUGGUGCUGGAAGAGGUGCUUGUUGGAUACCUGUUGAUAUUUUUAUGGAGAAUGCAAUGGAUGGGAAGCAUCUAUAUGCUAUAUCUGCUGUUGAGAUUCUUACAGAAUUGACCAAGACACUGCAAGUAAUUAACCAGGCAAGCUGGCAGGAGACAUUUCAAACUCUUUGGCUUUCAGCGCUCCGACUUGUGCAACGAGAUCGUGAGCCUAUAGAAGGACCAAUACCUCACCUUGAUGCACGAUUAUGCAUGCUGCUUUCUAUCGUCCCCUUGGCAGUCGCUGCUGUUGUGAAGGAAGAGAAUGAAACACCUUAUCCUUUUAGCAAUGGAUUUUUGAGAAGUAAUUCAUUUGGAAAUGAAGGAAAUAAAUUUGCAGUUAGAAGGCAUGCAUUGAUAUCAUCCCUUAAGAUACUGGGACAAUUUUCAGCACUUCUCUCACCUCCUCCAUCGGUUGUCAAUGUUGCUAAUAGUGCAGCUACAAAAGCAGCAGUCUUUGUUUAUAAUUUCAAGGCUGGGAAUAGCAACCUUAAUGAUUGUUCUAUAAAAGCAGUUGGAAACAUGCUGCAUCUAAUUGUUGAAGCCUGUAUUGCAAGAAAUUUGAUUGAUACAUCUGCUUACUUUUGGCCUGGAUAUGUUGUUCCAUCUGUGUCAUCAAAAGAUCCAACUUCAUUUCAAGAUUCUUCUUGGUCAACCUUCCUUGAGGGAGCUCCACUGACUGAUUCUUUGAAAAACUCUCUUAUGGUGACUCCUGCAUCAAGUUUAGUGGAAGUGGAGAAAAUGUACCAUAUUGCAGUCAAUGGAUCAGAAGAAGAAAAAUUAGCAGCUGCAAAAAUUUUAUGUGCCGCAUCCCUAGUAUGUGGUUGGAAUGUCCAGGAACAUGUUGUGUUUUUUGUGGUCAAAUUGCUAUCUCUUCCUAUGCCUCCUGAUUCUUCAGCAUCUGCAGCUGAGAAUUAUUUGAUUGGUCACAUGCCUGUGCUCAGUGCCAUUUUGUUUGGAGUUUCUGGUGUGGACAUCGUUCAUAUUCUUUCUUUACAUGGCAUGAUUCCAGAAGUUGCAGCAGCUUUAAUGCCGCUUUGUGAGGUCUUUGGGUCACUGUCACCUCUUUCCAGUCAUAAGUCGAGAACUUCUGAGGAAACUUCUGUUUACUCGGUCUUCUCAUGUGCAUUCCUCUUUCUUCUUCGACUGUGGAAAUUUUACAAACCCCCUCAGGAGCUCUGCCAAGCAGGUCGAGGCUCCAUAAAGAUGGAAUUAACCUUAGACUAUCUCUUGUUGAUGCGCAACAGUCGUAUUGCUUUGCAGAACUCAUCUGCUAUGAAUAGAACAGGGAAUAAUAUGGGUUCGUUUAAUGCAUCACCACGUCGGCCAGUUUAUAUUGACUCAUUUCCAAAACUUCGAGCUUGGUACUUCCAGAAUCAGGCUUGCAUAGCCUCAAUUCUUUCUGGUCUGUGCAACAAAGACCCAGUGCAUCAGACUGCUAAUAAGAUUUUGAACAUGAUUUAUCGGAAAAUGUCUAAAAAUGGACCUGUUUCUGGUAAUCCCUCAUCAAACUCCAGUAGCAGCAUAAGUGGAUCACCUGUAAAUAUGACAGAAGAUUCUUUACAAAGGCCAAUGCUUCCUGGAUGGGAGAUUCUAGGAGCUAUUCCAUUUGUUCUUGAAGCUGUUUUGACUGCAUGUGCUCAUGGAAGGCUUUCCUCCAGAGACUUGACUACAGGUUUGAGAGAUCUUGUGGAUUUUCUACCAGCUUCUAUUGCUACUAUCAUUAGCUACUUUUCAGCGGAGAUUACUCGUGGUAUUUGGAAACCAGUUCCAAUGAAUGGGACUGAUUGGCCUAGCCCUGCUCCGACUCUUCUAUCUAUCGAAUCUGAAGUAAAGGAAAUACUUGCCUCUGCUGGGGUUCAUAUUAACAGCUGUUAUCCUCGAGGGUUGCCACCAAUGCUCCCACUACCAAUGGCUGCUCUCGUAAGCUUGACGAUAACAUUUAAGCUCGAGAAGAGUUCAGAGUACAUCCAUGGAGUUGUUGGUCAGGCUCUUGAGAACUGUGCAACAGGCUGCACCUGGCCAAGCAUGCCAAUCAUAGGAGCCUUGUGGACUCAGAAGGUGCGAAGGUGGCAUGAUUUCAUUGUCCUAUCCUGCUCACGUUCUCCCUUCUCGAGGGAGAAGGAUGCUGUUGUGCAGCUGAUUAGGAGCUGCUUCUCCUCAUUUUUAGGUCCCUCAGUUGCUGGAGGAUCUCACAUGACAGCCGAUCGAGGAGUUAAUGGACUUCUGGGUCGAUAUAUGUCUGACCAGGGUGUUCGGCUCCCAGUGGCACCAGGUUUCCUCUACCUCCGAACAUGUCGAAACUUUCCUGACAUUCAUUUUGUCAACAAGGUGAUUUUCAAGCUGGUCAUUGAGUGGGCACACAAAUUAGGAACCAAAUGGAGCUCCAAUGGACCUACCCGCCUGAAAUCAAGCCGCAUAUCUCUUGUCUCUGCUAUAUCGGGAGUACAACAUGUGGCAACACUGGGGGCAAGCCUACUGUUUGUUGCGGGCGGGGUGCAGUUUGUGCAGAUAAUGUAUGAGGAGACCUUGCCGACGCUGCUGUUAUCAGCCGGAGCAGAGAAGCUAGGUGGAACUGAGACAGUAUCCAAUAUCCUGCAAGGCUACGUUAUGGCCUACAUGCUGAUCAUAUGUGGGGCUUUUGUUUGGGGAGUUGGAAAUACAUCCCCAGCGUACACAUCAGUGUUCUCGUCGAUGCGAGCCCGGGUGAUUGGGAUCCACAUGGACUUCGUAGCUGGUGCCAUGGAGGGCAAUAUAAUUCUUGGGUGUGAUCCAGCAAUAUGGAAGGCGUACGUGUCAUGCUUUGUGGGCUUGCUGGUGAACUUUGCACCAGCAUGGGUGCUGGAGGCAAAGCAGGAGGCUUUGCAUAAAUUGGCCAGCGGUCUCAGGGGUUGGCAAGAGUUUGAUAUGGCUCUAUCGCUCCUUGAGCUAGGUGGUCCCUCGGCCGUGACAGCAGUGGUGGAAUCCGUGUUGUGAUCCGUUUCACUUGUGGAUAGUAGUUUGUCUGGUCCUGCUGCCCUCCACUCCAGACGAGCAGAUUUUGGCACAACACAGGUUGUUGAACCAGGAUUCCGUAUCGUACCACCUUGUUGUCUUUGAUGCACGAGAUACGAUCGAUGUCAUCAAUAUCAGUGCAAGAAAUUUCUUUACUGGCAAUAGAAGCAGGCAUCAGUUGCAACGACAUCUGUGUGCAUCUGGUGUGGAACUGGAUGGUGCUUUGCAGCUAGUGGCAGUGCGACAACAUCUGUCCGUGUGUUCCGUGUUUAACUCGACGCUACCUUGCCGCUACAAGCAGAGAACUGAGUGUGUGGUUCAACGCUUGGUAUUUAGCAGACACACAUCAUGUAAAUAAGCGAGUUGGAUUCUGGACCAAUCUUGAUCAGGAAGAUUGCCUGCCGGUCAAAAAUUGCUUGGUUAUCAUGUCAUGAGCAUCGAUGCCGUGGGAUGGAUCCAUAUGAGCAUUGCCCAAUGCGACAUUUGCUCCAGCACCGUAAAAAUUUCACCCCUCUUGUGUGUGUCAACAAGGCAAGGCAAUAGUUGGUUCUGGACACACUGCUACGAUAGAUGGUUGAUGCUACUGAUGGGAAGUAAUUGUUCAUCUGGACUUGUCAACUUCUUCAUCGCCAUCGUGGCCAGCUCGGGACGAAGGCGAUCGUGAAUCAUAAAGCCGGAGGUAGGGGAACAAACCUAAGCUAUAUAUAUGUAUGUGGUGCAAUCAGACCUAAGCAUCAUCAUGAUUGUAACAUCCGCAAAAAUGAUCAUCUCCUCGAUUGCGAUUGGAAACACAUUGGUAAUUUUUAAUGUACAUGUGAAGAAACAUAUUUGAAUGAAUGUGUAGUUUUUCUUAAUACAUUAAAUAUU